AUGGUCAUCUGGCCACCGCCAUCCGGCCACCGCCACCCGGCCAUCGCCAUCCGGCCAUCGCCAUCCGGCCAUUGCCAUCCGGCCAUGGUCAUACGGCCAUCGCCAUCCGGUCAUCGCCAUCCGGUCAUCGCCAUCCAGCCACUGCUACCCAACUGUCACGACGGUGGAAUGGAACAGCCGGAUGGCCGGAUUCCAAUGCGCCUGGCGAGUACUAAUAAUCAUCAAUUAUCAUCAUCCAUAUCGCCUCCCGGGGCAGACUCCAGUGGCAGCAGUAGAAGCAAAAGCAGCAGUAUCAGUACGAGUAGUAUAAGCAGUAGUAGAAGAAGCCAAAGUUGGCCCCAGCAUCAGCAUCAGCAGCAGCAACAUGUGGACGGGGAAGGAAAAUUAAUAGACAAUAAACUACGAGACAAACUACUUUCUUACAUCAGUAGCAGCAGCAGUCAGGGAGGCAGGAGAUACCGGAGAGCCAAGCGGGGUGAGAGUAUUUUCACCGAAGAUAAGAUAAAUAAAUACUACGAUAAUAGAAUAAGUGAUGAGCAACCACUGCAAAGGGGAAAAACCGUCCCUAGCAUCACCGAGGAAGUUUUGCAGAUAAGCAAUCUGACCGAGGAGCGAAUUCGAGAGGAGAAUGAAUUGUUGGAUCAUCUGAAUCAAGAGAAUUUUUCGGAAAGUAGUAGUUCUGCUGCUGGCAUCCGAUUGACGGAGGAAACCGAUGGCACCGGGGCUCCCCGGAAGAAACAUCCGGGCGGUGGCAAAAAGGGUCGCCGAAGAAAAGGUCACAAAAAGAAAAUCAAACGGAUAAAACCGACCGCCGGCAGCAGUUCCGACUCCAGCUGGAAUUCAAAUGCUCCUUCCGCCAACGAGGAUCAGCGGGGGAGAGAGGAGCAGAUAAAUUCUUCACUAACCAGCGUAACCAAAUUAUCAUUAAACGAAUCUGAGCAACAGCAAAAGCAGAACCAGAAACCAGGGCGGAAAAAACAUAGACAGAAGUCAUCUUCGCAGCUGACGGCGGGCGCUGGAUCGAAGAGAAAGAUGACGUCGACCAAGAAGAGCUCCAUCCGGUCGGGAAGACGAGACGAAAAUUGGGCCAGGAAAGCCGGUCAGGAGCUAGUCGUAUUAAACAGCGAUGAUAUUUACGACGGAAAUAUGCAAAUAACAGUUCAAAGGGAUGCAGCCACUGAGGAGAGGAACGAAGCUGGAGGAGUUAGGGAAAUGAUAAAUUUGUCGGAUGAGGGUGACAGGUGGAGGCAGCAUCAGAAAGAUCAGCAGCAGAGGAAACCGACACCGGCGGAGCGGAGGCAGAAAAAGCUGGAAAAACAGCGGAAGCAAUUGAAAAAGUUUAUGAAAGGGGAUCUUGUGCUGAUGCCACCGCCAGAGCAGUUGCAGCAGCUUCCACCUGCCCCGGCUACCGAGCCCAAUCCCAGGGUGAGCUCGGUGACGUUCGCCUCGGAUGACAUGCUUCGGACGGAAGCCGUCUCUCUGCAGCGCAUCAUCAUCGUUGGGGAUCUGUCGUGCAUGAAGGAUGACUUUAUUCCGGCACCGGCGAUUCCCAAUGCGGACAUCAAGUAUUUGAGAAACGACGUGUACGGUCUGGAGAACUCCUUCCUGGAAGCCGAAUACCACUGCCGGUUGCGGUACGAGCUACGCUAUCCUAAUGCAAACGGAAAUAACUCGAACCUAAUCUGCCGCAAAUCCCGCUGGAUCGGUAAGCGGCCUUCCUGUGUGCGGAUUAAAAAGCCUUCAUUGUCGCUGUCAUCAUCAUCAUCGUCGUCGUCGUCAAUGGCGUCGUUUUCGCUAAACGAGGUAACCACAGCGGACGGCAAUUCUGCGAUAUUUCCGGGAAACCAAGACAAUGACAAAAACUUGUGUGGAAAGAAGCAUAAUUGCCAGCAAGCGUGCUACAUGCUGCAUAACGCUACGCGGGUUUGCUCCUGCUUCAAGGGAUUCAAAAUGGUGGACGGACGCUGUGUCGAUAUCAACGAAUGUACCGAGUAUGGCGAGGAUGUGUGUGAAUAUGGCUGCUCCAAUACGAUUGGGUCGUUCACGUGCAAAUGCCCGAAGGGCUUACGAGUUACAGACAACAACAAAUGUAUGGAUGUGAACGAGUGUCUGCUGCGCAACGGUCACGGUCCCUGCCAGGAUACGUGUAUCAACACUUGGAGUGGCUACCGGUGCAGCUGUUCGGGUUUGCCAGGAACUCGCCUCUCGGAUGACGGCCACAGCUGCGAGGACAUCGACGAGUGUACGGUCAACAACGGUGGCUGCUCGCAUACCUGCCUCAACACACUGGGGAGGGCAUUCUGUGUGUGUCCCGAGGGCUACAUGCUGGACGACGACUGGAAGACCUGUAUCGACAUUGACGAAUGUUUGAAUCAGAAAUCGAUUAGACAGGAAUUUCGCUGUCGUGAAAACUGCGUGAAUACGAUUGGUUCCUACCGGUGUCUGCUGGAGGAUGUAGUGGAGGGGCGACCUGCUGGAGCUGGUCUGGAUUACGAUGACCGGCUGACUAAGCAAGUGGACGACGAGCUGGACGAUGAGAGCGACGAUGAUACCCUCUGUCCGAUGGGGUACUAUUUUAACACGACAAUGGGCGACUGUCAAGAUACCAACGAGUGCAGCCAGGGAAACGGUGGCUGUCAGCAUCACUGCAUCAACAGCGAUGGCAGCUUCUAUUGCUCGUGUAAAUAUGGAUUCAAGCUCGAUGUCGACAAGCACAACUGCCUGGUGCUGAACGAUUCGUUGAAGCUUGCGGAUGUAGCCUGUCCGCCGCUGUUUCCACCGAGGCACGGCUAUCUGGAGUGCAGUCGCCCGAUCGAUGAGAUUUCCGAUGGACCCAACGGAGGGCGGCUUAAGAUCAUCAACCGACCGGGCAGUCAGUGUAUCCUCAAGUGUCCGACCGGGUACAGAUUGGAGGGGAAGUAUUCCAAGAUUUGCGGAACGACGGGCGAAUGGAUUGGCGAUGAAAGUGGAACGUGCAUCCGGUAUCCUCAGCCGAAGCUAACCUGCCCGACGAGCGUGAACGUGGAACUGCAUCCGAACGAGACGGAUCAGACGGCGGUCAAGCUGAGACGGCCGAAGACGGAUGUGAGCUGGGAGCGGGACAUUGUGGUCGAACCGUUCUGGGCCAAGAAGGAUGUCCUUCUGCUGCCACUCGGGCCGGUCAAUAUCAGCUAUACGGCCAAACAUCCGGUUUCCAAGCUGACCAGCAGCUGCACCUUCGUCGUCAAUGUGAUGGCUGGCAGACCACCGACGGUCGACUUCUGUCCAGACACCCAGAUCUACACCAUCGAGGGUCGCCAUCAAAGCGUGAAGGCCACCUGGGAGGAACCAAUCUUCUCCGACAACGUAGGGGUCGUCACCAUCACAAAGUCCAAUAGCCCGGGGACGGAUUUCGGCGCUGGCAGCCAUCUCAUCACCUACGAAGCCCACGACGAGGCGGAAUGGAGCUCCAAAUGUGUCUUCAAAAUAGUGGUCAACGUCAGCAAACGAAAGGACGUCCAACAUUUUCAGCUCCCGAUCCUUUAUAAUCGGUUUUACUUUUAAUUGUGUGGCGGUCCAGCACCGACCAUGGCGACAGCGACAGCGUCUCUUUGAUUUUUUCCUUGCCAGGUUUCCGGUACAUUUUUUUUCCCUUCUUUACAUCAACCCACUUAUACCAGGGAUCGAGAAAAAGCUGCUUAUAUUAACCUUUUUUUUCUGUCCGCUAUCUGUAACCAUUUUCAACUUUGUUACCAAGCACUUUUUGCUGCCAUUUGGGAAGUGCACUCGGAAAUAUCUGUUCCAAGUUGCAAUCGUUUCUGGGAUGUGGAAAAAGUUUUUUUUUUUGCGAGGAAAAAAAUUCAUCGGCACAGUAUUACAAAUGCAAGAAAAAAAAAGAACUACAUGACAAAACAUAAAAAGUGAAAAUGAAAACAAUAAUAAAUUGCUUUAGCGAACGAGGAGAAAGCAUUACUAUACACAACUGCAAACACAUCCCUCCCUUCUUUCGGAAAAUGAAAAGUGACAUAGAGAGAGAGAGAGAAGCAGAAUAAUAAGCAGAGCAAAAACUAGUUUGAGAUAAGGACUUUUGUAAAUAGUUUUGGCUUAGAAUCGGAUGUUGCAAGCGGGCAGAACAAUGAACAAUACGGAGAGGCAAUAGCGGAAAAAUGCAACGCUGCUGUAAUAAAACAAAUGUUUCGAACCAAAUAAUAAUAAAUGGAAAUGAACGUCGUGACGACGGAAAGUGUAGUACAUAGUUGUAAAGUGAGAAAUGCUUGAGCUCCGAAGUCGACGAGAGUAUUUACGAAACGACUAAAGCAAAAUGCCAUUGGCAACAAGUACACAGGACUAGCAUUUGUACGAGCCAGCAAUGGAAAUUCAUCAAGAUUGUAGUGAGAUGCGCAGUAGGCCAGGCAGUAAUCUAUCAACACAGCUGAGGGCAGUUGGUCUUCGAAAUAAUAAUAGAAGAAUCAGUAUGCUUUUAUUUAAACAGAAACCAGAAUUAAUGGACGGAGUGAAAUAAUGCUAUAGUGCAUAUUAUAAGCCCAUAGGUGGUAAGUGAAGGAAACUGCAACAAUAUAUAACUUUAAA